UUAAUUUCUUCACAAAUGCUGCUUCAUGUUGUUCGGGCACAUUCUGCAACGAUACGUUUGACGUCCCGAAUAGUUGGCACUGGUUUCGGCUCUUACACAAGUGCUUUAGAGGUCUCGCACCCAGCUUUUCCUGUUAGCAGACUGAAUAUGUCACUGCGCGGUCGUCUAGCCCUGGUGACCGGAGGAGCAUGCGGCAUAGGCAAGGCCACUUGCCACGCCCUGGCCGCCCAAGGAGCCAGCGUAGUGGUCGCCGAUGUCGACCUGCACGCUGCUCAGGUCGUGGCGGCAGAGUUACCCGACACUGCUACCCACAGAGCAGCUUUCGUGGAUGUCAGUGACACGAUUUCAGUGGAAAAACUGCUCGCCGAUAUCAAGGAGACCGAACACCUUCCCGUCAGCAUCUUGGUGAACAGCGCUGGCGUAGCCAAGCAUUCGUCAAUUGUUGACACGACGGACGAGGAGUUUGACCAAGUAAUUGGGGUCAACCUGAAGGGCACGUUUGUAACGUCAAGAGCCGUCGCACGGUCCAUGAUCGCCUCCGGCGUCAGGGAUGGAGCCAUCGUGAACUUAUCGAGCCUCGCAGGCGUCGUUGGACUUGCCGGCAUGGCGGCGUACAAUGCAUCCAAGGGGGCUGUCGUGGCUUUGACCAAGGCGGUGGCUCAAGAUCUGGCACCGCACGGCAUCCGCUGCAACGUAGUGGUGCCGUCGUUGAUCGAGACACCGAUGAUCGGCGUGCUGCCACAAGAGGUUCAGAGAACGCUAGUGGCCCUCACGCCUCUGCGCAGAGCGGGUAAGCCGGAGGAAGUGGCCGAGGUCAUCCUGUUCCUCUGCUCCCCGAACAGUUCCUACGUGAGCGGAGCUUCACUUGAUGUUACCGGCGGAAUCGUGCCAUGAAGGACUUUUUCGUAUGUCCAGUCACGACGGCAAGUCCUUCUAUCAAAACAUUAAAGCAUUCAGCCUGAACUCAAACGAA